ACGUAUAUCAGUGACGUCUAUCAAGCCGCUUUGAGUGAAAAAAGUCGGUGCAAGUCGGCGACGAAUAAAGAUUCACUUUUGAGCAUAUGGAAGCAAACGUUACGGAUAGUGUUGGCAAAAUUGUAAUACAUAAAUAACCUUCACAUUCUGAAGUAAAUGCACCCUUGCCUGAAACACGUGACAGCGCGUAGUUGUACGUAUAUAUAUACACUUUCUACAAGUUCUGCAAAUUUUUCAAAAGGAAAACGGACUAAAAUGCGAAACGUGGAAAUAAAAGCAAAGAUAUCAAAUCCUGAGGCUUUAGUAGAAAAAGCUAAAAGGCUAAGCAAAUCUGACGGAGUCAUAAUGAAGCAACACGAUGUUUUCUUUCUUGUAUCUAAAGGAAGGCUUAAAUUACGAAAGUUUGAAAAUGGAACUGGAGAACUUAUAUAUUAUGAACGACCCGAUACCAAAGGUCCAAAAUUAUCAAGCUACUCGAAAGUAGAUUUAAGUGCUGAAGGAGCAGAAGGAGUAAAAGAAGUUUUAUCCCAAGCAUACGGUAUACUUGGUUCGGUAGAAAAGACAAGGCAGUUGUUUAUCGUUGAUCAAACCCGCAUACAUAUCGACAAAGUAUCCAAUCUUGGAGAUUUUAUGGAACUUGAGGUUGUUUUAAGAGAUGAUCAGGAUAUUGCGAUUGGACAAAAGAUAAGUCAAGAUUUAAUGAAGCAGUUAGAAAUUGCUGAAGAGGAUACAAUUUCUGUCGCUUAUUUGGAUUUACUAACCAUUAAAGAAUAGGAUGAUACAUUGUCUUCAAGAAAAGAAAAGAUAUUCUUUGAACAUACUAUUAAAAAAUAAUUUAUAACAUUUUAACAUAUCAGUGUAACAUUGCCAAUUAAUAUUUCAAACCGUUUCAUCGCUUAUGAACAAAUUCAUUUAAUGAUUACAUAACGAUUAUUUAUUUAUGACAAUCAUCGUCUCUAAACAAAAUAAUUAAGUUUUAAUAAAGCACUUAUUGUACUUAUCUUGAACUCAUCUGUUGAUGUGUAAAAGUACCAAACAUAAGUACCAAUUCA